AUGACCAAGAUCAACAGCAUAGAGUUCAACCAGGACUACACCUGUAUUGCUGUGGCCACUAAUGAGUCUAAUCGGAUCUUUAACUGUGAGCCCUUUGGGGAGUUCUAUUCGUCGAGCAAUGACAUACCUCGAAGGUCUAUUUCAGGGAGUAGUGGUAGUGGUGAUCCCACCGGACCUGGGAGCGGGCUGCGAACGGGGAUUGUAGCAGGUGGAACCAGAUCAUCAUCAUCAUCACCAUCAUCAUCACUGGAGACUCGUGACGUGAUUGGACAGCCAACCAAGUUUCUUCGGAUGCUCUUUUCAACCCCAUUGACGGUGAUAGUGCCUCUGAACAAUGGUAAGGACAGACUAUUACACAUCUAUAACUUGAAGCUACUGCUCAAAAUAUGCGAGUUGACGUUUCCCACGGCUAUAGCAGACGUCAAGGUGAACCGGCGACGGCUCGUGGUGUUUCUUGACAGCGGUCAGAUCUAUAUCUAUGACUUAAGUUGUGUCCGGUUGUUAAGUGUGAUGGACAUAGCGCCAUUGAAACGGUAUGUGUUUGAUUUGAGUGUAGAUGAGGAUUCGCUCUUGGUGAUUCCCUUAUCUGUUGUCACUGCUACUGCAGGCAGUGGCAAUGACCUGAUGUUAGGUACAGAGGGACUGUUUGAUAACGUUGUUGAUUUCUCCAAAGAGAAACCGUUGAAAUAUGAGUUGGAAUCAGUGUUGAAAGAUCCAGAGGGUUGGCUCUUAAUAUAUGAUUGUGUAGGGUUGAGGCCAGUGUUGAUAUAUAAAGCCCAUGAUUCUGCUAUAGCCAGCUUGGCAGUGUCCCACGAUGGUUCAAUGAUAGCUUCAGCAUCUGUCAAAGGAACUAUCAUUCGAGUAAGCACUUUGAAGCACUAUGAAAAAUCAACUAUCACCAAAAUCAUUAAUCUCCGGAGGGGCCAUCAUCCUACCAAUGUCAAUGCUUUAAGUUUCAGUUUGGAUAAUGCCAUUUUGGGGUGUGGUUCUGUUAAUAGUACUGUUCAUUUGUUUCAGUUGGAUGAAACAGCAGAUGAACUUGUUAAUGACUCAACAAUGCCACCAGUGAAUGAAUCCGACGACAAUGAUGAAAGUGGUGAUGAAGCUGCUGAUGGGGUUUCGGAAACGAGUGACGGAGGAGACACAACUAGUAAUCGUUCCACUGAAGAUUUGAAUGAAAGUUUAGCCAACUUGCUUAUCUCAAGAUCAAAUGAUGAUGGUGAUAGUAAUAAUGAUAACAAUAAUAAUAAUUAUUAUUAUGAUAAUAAAGAUGAUGCUGUUGACGACGGUGGUGACCAUCAGAAAAACAAAAAUCCUUAUUUCAAAUUGCUUAACAACCAUUAUACUCGACUGCUUAUAAAGAAACUUCCGUAUAAGAAUUAUCUUGAUAAUUUAAUCUGGACUCCCCCUAGACGGUCAUUUGCAUUCAUCAAAGUCCCGGAGAAAUCUGCCCAUGGACCACUAAAAAUCGGAUUUACCCAAGAUCUGGUCUUAGUUGCAUCAUACACUUCCGGGAAGUUACUUCAAUAUCGGUUUCCAUCAUCCACCCAUGAUUCAGAAAGACAACAGUAUGAACUUAUAAAUGCAUACGACUUGAUCUAA